UAGUUUAUUAGUGUCACUUAGGCUGCUGCUGCUACCCUCACCACUGCAAGAGAUCAGCGACCGGUGACUGUAUAUUGGAAAGAUGAAAUUUUGCUGAAAAUAAAAAUCCGAAUGAAGUCGUUUGAUAAGAUUGUUUGUUAUAAAGCAGGGAAAGAAAAAGAUAAUGGUGGGAUUUAAGAACAGGUACAUGGUAAUGGAGGUCUUUCUGGAUCCAAAUAAAGAAAAUUUGGGGGAUGACCCUAUUGUAGUUACCCAAUUUAACAUCUCAAAAGCAAUCAAGGAUAGCAUUCUUGUCAACUUUGGUGAAUGCGGUCUAGCCUCUUCACUUGGAUCCUUCCAAGUUAAAUAUGUCAAUCCUAUUACAAAGCUGUGCGUUAUCAGAGCAUCAAGAGAGGACUACCAAAAAAUUUGGUCUGCAAUAAGCUUGGUUAGGAGUAUUGGAAGUUGCCCUGUGCUGUUCAACUUACUGGAUCUUAGUGGAAGUAUAAGGGCCUGUAAAAAUACUGCCUUGAAGUGUGAUGAAUUAAAAUUUGAGCAGUACAAGCUUAUGGUUGGAGCACGUCUCUCAGCUGAUGUUACCCAGCACAUGCAGAACUGUCUUGAGAAGAUCAAAAUUUUGGAACACUAAAGGUGCUCAACUUGCGGUAACUGACUACCACAUGAUGCUGGUAUACACUAGUGCGUGCCUGAGCUCAAAUUGUUUGUGUUUUGAGUGGCAUACUUUUUUUCUCCAUACUUGAAGUAUCGUUUUACCGCUAUCUCUAGUCAGUUCUCUUGCAAUAAAUUAUGCAUAAUCAGAUAAGUUUAAUCAGCCGUUUUAUGGCUGAAGGAAGUAAUUAUGAGAAUCCUGCUCGUAUUUGGUUUUGAUACUGUACAGGUAUGGACCAAUGUGAACACAGUUGGGGCAAAUUUGAGUGGAUUCUCUCUUGAUUCCCAGAGUUUGAUUAAGUUCAUCACCACCCUUAGGAAUGAAGAGACGAAAGCUACUGACCAAAGUAUUUGCUUAGAGGUGAAAUUGAAUUGGCAAUGUAGAUCAGUCUCAUAUAUCCAAGUAAUUCUUCUGCAUCUUGUGGAACUUUUAUGUCUGUGUUCAAAUAAAAUAAACAUAGAUGAUAUUGUCUAAGCAAAUCCUUUUUUUCCAUGUAAUGGCUGCAUGAAUAACGGGAAAAACUAGAUAGUUUUUGGAUAAGUAAAAAUUUUCUGCGUUUAUGUUUGGGA